UAAUUUCCCAAAAGCUGCAAUAAAUAAUUUUUUCAAUGGCGGAAGGCGGCGGGGAGUAUGGUUCUAAUUUCAGCUGGUCACCAGAACAUGUAGAAAAUCUUCAAGAACAGAAAGACGAGGUGUCAGCAUUUCAGUGUUUAUUUGAAGUAGAGGGAGACCAGAGAUUUAGUAUAAUAAGUGAUGGACCAUUAGAUUUAACAGAUGAUCAGAUGUUCUCUCUUCAGUUUUUUGUCCCAGUGAAAUCACCUUAUGAUGUUAUGACUGUAAAUGUAUGUAUACCUGAACAAGAUUUUAGAGAAAAUUAUGUUAACAAUAAAGAUGUAGUUCUACAGAGAUCAGAAUCAAGGAAUACAGUAUUUGCUUCAUUUUCUGUGAAAUUUUUAACUCCUUUGAGGCUAACAGUUGUAUUAACACCAGGAUAUCCUUCAUGUGAACCACCUAUUUUUACAUUGUCUUCAUCAUGGUUGAAUGGGGAUCAACUGACCUCUUUGUGUAUACAACUGGAUAAAUUAUGGAAUGAAUGUCCAUCAAUGCCAAUACUCUUCUCAUGGAUUGAUUGGCUUGAACAUAAUACUUUUGAUUAUUUAGGUAUCAGUGAUAAAGUGUUUGUCCAACAGUGUGUGACAGAUGAUGAUAUAGACACCAGAGCUGUUCCUGAUUGUGAUAAUAUAGAUGACACAGUUAAUGAGAUGCUCAGGCAUAAUAUGCAAGAAGAGAUGACAGAAUUCUUAAGAUAUGACCAGGAAUGUGGUAUUUGUUUUUGUGAGAAGUCAGGGAGAGAUUUUGACAGAUUACUACCAUGUAAACACCAUUUCUGUAGAGAGUGUAUGGCAGAACAUUGUUCAAUUCAUGUUAAAGAGGGGACUGUUCAACAUUUAUUAUGUCCAGAACCCAAAUGUGAAACAGAAAUCAGACCAUACAUUUUAAAGGAAGUGCUGAAUGAUGAUGAUUAUGAAAGAUGGGAAAGGCUUAUAUUACAGUAUGGAUUAGAUACAAUGGGAGACAUUAUUUACUGUCCAAGAUGUCAGAAUGUUGUGGUCAAGGAGGAGGAUUUAGGACAUUGUUUGUCAUGUUUGUUUACAUUCUGUACAAAGUGCUUAGAGAAAUGGCAUCAGGGUGAUACUUGUUUCUUUGAAAAGGAGGUGGAGGGAGAUGAGGAGGGAAAAAAUGGAUCUACGAAGUCGGAAUAUGUUGAGGAAAGCGAGAAGGCUGAACGGAAAAGGUUGCACAAGCAAAGAAGAGCGGAAAUGAAUUUAAGUUAUCAACUAAUAAAGGCCAGAACCAGACAAUGUUGGAAAUGUAAAUCCCCUAUUGAGAAAAAUGGCGGCUGCAACAAAGUGACAUGUUCAAGGUGUUCUACUGCCAUGUGCUGGGCUUGUGGAAGAGAUAUAACCAAGAUAUCUUAUGCACACUUUUCUGACAACCCAAAAUGUGGAGAAAUAAUAAAUGAGGAUGUUAUGCAGACUCCUUUCAGAGAUCCAAUUCCACAGAAAGUAAGAGAAAUAGAUGAGGCCAUAUUAGAAGGUGGAAAAGUUGCAGAACAAAAUGUAAGAAGAUGUUCUCGUUGUAGACAAAGAAAUUUAAGAGAAAACAGAAACAAUCAUAUAAAAUGUUGGAACUGUAAAAAUAGUUUUUGUUUUCUUUGUAAUGAAUUGAUAAAACCACCAUAUACAAAACAUUUCACGAAUACCCUAUGUAAACAACAUUCAAAGCACAAUGUAGAAGAAAUGCAGCCAAGAAAACCAAGGAAAAAUGCUGAUAUGAAUAGUUAAUAGAAAUUAGAAGUUAGGUUAAAAAUGAAUUUAAUCAAUACCAAUAAUCCAAAUGACAAUCAACAAUAAUCAAAUGUCUUAGUUGGUUUAAAAUAUGUCGUUAUUCUUUUCAAGAGAAAUGCAAUGUUUUAAAAUUGAAAAAAGUACAUUUGUAUUUAAAUCAGCAAUAAAAAUUUAGAUAAUUAGGAAAAGAGAAAAAUAUUUAUGAAGUUUACCGAUGUUUUUAAUAGUCUUGACAUUUCCUUGACUUUGUACAGGGACGUAUAUAGAUAAUAUAAGUCCUUUCUUUGUAUAAUCAGGUCUAAUAUUAUUGUGGUAAGAUACAUGUUUGGAUGGCAUACCUGGAUGAUAUUUUAAAUAGAAAAUAUAAGACCAUGGCCAUCAAGUGAAAAAAAAAAAGCAAAAAAAGAUAUCCUACUAAAUUAAUUUGAAAUAAAUGUAAAUUCUUUUUUAAUUACAUAUAAUAUUACAAUGUAAUACAUUUUUCUUUAAUUGAUAAUUGCAGUAUUCAAACAUGUUGAGGCAAUGUUGCAACCUCUAAUAAUGUAUUAAUUAACCAGGAGUUGUGUAUGUGUAUGUUAAAGGAUAAUAUAAUGAUUAAACUCAUAGGGAAAAAAGGAAUUUCCAUUAUAUAUUUUGUAUAUCUGGUCUUGUCUGUUUAGAAUAACCUAAACUCCUUAAAUAAAAAUAUAUAAAAUUUCAGUAGUAG